UAAAGAGAAAACGUGUUAAAUCUGGACUAACUUUACACUGCGUUUAUUAAUAAGACUAAUAAUAUUUGCAGCUCUAAUCCGUCCCUGUAGGAAGGUUUAACGUCCUGUCCGCGCAGGCGCGAGGCCUCCGCCCUCCGGCACAGCCACGCGCUCGCCAGCGACACCCUCCACCACACGUUCCAAUUUCAAAUCACUUGACACUUUUAGUUUUUUCAGCCGGUAUUUUAUGUGAAAAAAGUUUCGGGUGACGAUUGACCUCUUUGGUGUAAGUGUUGUUAAAGAGUUUUAAGUGAUUUAAUACAAUUUUAUAUCGGAUGUACCAUGUUGGAUAGCUUGCGUAACAGGAUCUAAAAGUGCGGACGGCGCGGUGAUGUCGCCAUGGAGAUUGCUGCUCUGGUGCUGUGCGCGUUGGUGGUGAGUGCCGCACCCAACGUGACCCAGCGACGCGUCGAUCCCAAAGAACCAUUGCCGGAAGAAGAAGACGAGUUCGUACUUGACUACUAUGAUGAGGAGAGGAUCAAUAUUUCAGAAAAGGGCAGAUAUGUGGGCUCGCCAUGUGAGUUCACAUGUAAUGCUAACCUCGUCCAUGUAUACUGCGAGCCCAGGACCAGAAGCUGUCAGUGUGCUCCAAAAUACACCGUGCAGCUUGGAGUGGCGAAGGGUUGCGCAAAACCUAAGAAGUUGGGCGAACAAUGCUUCUAUCAAGAAACGUGCCGUGCUUUCGACGCGCACGCAUCCUGUGUACAAGUCAACCACAACGCUUUCUGCCAAUGUGACUCUGGCUACCAUUCCACAACUCACUCACGGCCAAAUCCUCGAGUUUUCUGCACAGAAGACUUGGUGCUGCUGACGGCGGAUAUGCCGACGCUGCUCGGAGUAGCGUCGGGUAUCUUCGUGUUGGGCGGGCUGCUGUGUAUGGUGCUGCAUCUGUACACGAAGGCCCGCUACCACCCCGCGCAUCUAGCGGACGCCAGACUCACGCCGCCUUGCCUCUAUUCACUCAAUGAUACUGGCGGCACGUUGAGCGGCACUCGCGCGUCGUCGCGCGCGUCUUCCCGCAGCGGCUGCACCAGCGGCACUCUCGAGCUGGAUGGCAGCUCGCGACGCGAGUCUCGCCGCGCGGCGUCCGCGUCCCGCGCAGGUGCGGCGCGCACGGCGGCCAUCUUGUUAAUCUCUCGCCACCUCAACGCUGUAAGGGACGGCGGCGCGCACCCGCUCAAGUGCGCCGCCAAAGGUGAUACGGAUGUUCGCGACGUCCAAGUUUGAGCUCUGUGCAAAGUAGCUCAUCGUCAAUCAGGAGUUACAGUGCUAAGAGGUGGGAGCGAGACAGAGAACAGAGGGAGCGACGUCAGAUGAGCAUUCGUCUCGCUCAGUUACAC